AUGGAGAAAGAGAAGAAACCCAGUGAUUCAAGUAACACAGAACCUUCCUCCUUCAAGCUUCUUGUUUCAUUUCCUUCUGGUCUCUCUCCAUCACAGGUUUCUGUUGAAUUUGGUGACGCCUACGAUCGAAUCCCUCACUCUGACCUAACCUUGGAAAACACCAUCUCUGAGAUUUGGGAGCAGAGGAGUGUUCAAAACAAAUCUCUGUUCAAUGGAAAUAAAUUUAGGUAUGGAGGGCAUGUUUUGCACACUGGAGGUCAAUCUGACAAUGAGCCACAUGUAUGCCUUCACCUAGGUUUGACGGAUUAUAGGACUUUUGUGGGGACAAAUUUAAGUCCGUUGUGGGAAAAAUUUCUUGUUUCAUCUGAAGGUAAUACAUAUAACUUUUGCUCCUUUUUUAACCCAAGUGCUACUGUUGUGGUUACCCUGUGA